AUUUCCUGCCUGCUAACAGCUCGAAGAUGAGUUUCCACACAUCAGCGACGCAAGAAAUCCACAAAUAACGGAAGCUUUGCAUUGGUAUCGGAGCGUUGUGCCCCCUCUCCUGCUGCAGGGCCCCUAACUGGCCCCCUACUCGGAGGCCUCCCAGGGUGCGCGCUCCUGCUGCUGGCUCAACUGAAAGCCCAGCUAGCACUGACGCAGAUAAACAACGCUUUCACCGUCCGCAGCCGACCGUCGAACUUGACAACCAAUUCAAACACCCUUGCUCCCUUUAUACCCACGACAGCCCCCUCCCCAACUGCAGCGGCGAUCAACCUCCUCAACCUUCUGAAGUUCGCAAACGCCAUGUCCCAUCCAAUGUACAACCCCUAUGCCCAUGGGAACCAAAGUUCCUCCCAGGGGCAGUAUGGACUCCCUAACAUCCCGGCAGAGAGGGACCCUCGGAGGGUAGCCUCUCACCUUCUUCCUGGGUCUGGCUUCGGCCCUGCCGGAGCUUCUCCUGCGGCUCCUGCCAACUCUGGGGCGAUGCUCCCAUCACUGCUGUCCCUAUCACUGCUGCCCCCAAACAUGAGCUACAGGCCUGACCAGGAUCGGGCCAACAUAGAUGAGAACAUAGAGAGGUCCAUAGACAUGCAAAUUAGCAGGGCCAGAGAGGAGGUGAGGCUUCUUAACCAACCAACACAUCCGCCCAUAGACCAGGGCCCUCGCUAUACCAGCCCUCCAAGCGAGGGGUUUCUCUCCUCACAAGGCACAGGGAGGUCCUCCUACCCAAUGCCCUCCAGCUCUGCCUCUGUAGGACAAAGACAAUCAGGAGCUGAAAGUGGCAGUAGCUCAAUGGACUGGUCAUCACUCUACAAAAGGCCCCCUUCUGAAGAUUACAAUACAUUUUUUCCACCACCUGCUUCGUCCAACUAUGCAAGCGCUGAUAACGGUAGGUUCAAUGCCUCCAGUGAAAGAGAACGUGACAGGCAGUCCAUUCCAGGCUUAGGUGAUUUUGACUACCCACGGCCAGAUAAACCUGCUCCUGCGCCUACAGAGUCCAGUCGACCCAAGUACACCUCUGAAUCAGCGUCCAACAUCCUUGUGCACUUUGGACUUCAGAAAGAGGACUUGGAACAUCUCAUCUCCUACCCCGAAGACCAGAUCACCCCCGCUAACCUGCCGUUCAUCUUGAGGCAAAUCCGCAUUGAGAAGACCAAGAGAGCCACGGAUGACUCUCAGGCAAAACCCCAACCCCCCAGAACUGUGAGUGGAUUGGACACUCAACAUUUGAGCAGUUCUGGAGGGCCAAGGAUGCGGCAGGAGGAAACAUCAUCAGCUGUUAACCAGCUAAGUAAAGUGAUAGACUAUGGACAUACUGGCAAAUAUACAGGAGGUGUUGGAGAUGAGAUUGGGAGAGCCAGUGGUGGUAGUGGAAGUCUGAUGCAAAUGGACUCUUACGAUAGUAGCAGACGCAGUCGAGAACUACUGCAAACAAGCUCAGCGGAGGUGAAAAGCAGUGCUUUGGGUUCUUCACGAGACCAGAUGAGCUCUGUUUCCAGUCUCAGUUCUUCAUACGGUUCACGACUGAGCUCUGGGGCUCCCCAAAUCCAUGAUCAGACUAAACGAUUGCAGAACCCGCCAAAUCAGACUCCCCAAUCCCUCCUCAGCUCUUUCUCUCUGCCGAAGAAAGACACAGACAUCAGGCUUCUCAAGUCUGAGCCCCCUAAACACGGUACUUUGAAAGAACUACCUGCAGAUCGGCAGCCGACGUCCAAAACCCAACCACCUGUUUCUCAGUACCACGGUGUGCAUCCCAGCAGACCUGGCCUGGUGCUCAUUGGCAGUAAUCAGGCCAGUGGCAGCAAGGUUCAGGGUAAAACUCAAGGACAAGGGUCUACAGUUCCGGAGCAGAUGAAAAAGCAGCAGCAACCAGUUCAGCAGCAGCAGAUGCAGCAGCCGAGGCAGCAUCAGGCUCAGCAGCAGCAUCUAAUACCGCUGAUAGGACAAUCUCUGUGGCCUCCUGGUUAUUCUGUGACUGGUGUCAUGCAGCAUCCUGGUGGUGGUUUCCCCGCCAGUGCUCCUCCAGCUGCAACACAGCAGAUCCCGGGCCUGAUGAACCUCCCUCCUCCGUCGGUGCCAGCAUCCAAGACGCAGACUCAAGCAAUUCGUGACGUCCCCAUAGGUCUGCUGACUGUUGCCAUGAUGCAUGACUAUGCGGCGGCCUCGCCAAGAAUCUUUCCACAUACCUGUUGUCUGUGUAACAAAGAAUGUACUCGUAUGAAGGAUUGGAUCUCACACCAGAACACCCCCCUUCACCUUGAGAACUGCAGACUCCUCCGAACACAACACCCACUGUGGGAUGGUGAGAUAGGGUUCAAGUCCAGUCCUGCAGGUAAAGAUACCAAGCCCUCGCCCAAAACCUCUUCACAGUCUUACCAGCAGCGUCAGAACACCAGACGUGGAAGCCGCUCUCGUUCUUAUUCCCAUUCGCCAAGCCCCCGUCGCCAUGGCUCGGAGGGUAAAAGGGAAAAACGCAGGAGUUCAUCGCGCUCGCCGCACAGCUCCAGACACAAUCGCAGGUCCCGGUCUCGUUCAUUUUCUCCGCGGUAUAACUCCUCCCGCUAUCGAUCACGAUCAAGGAGCUCUGAGAGAAAAUGGUCGCCAAGGAGAGACGACCAAAGGUCCUCACCAUGGAGGAGAGACGACAGACGAUUAUCUCCAAGGAGUAGCCACGAGAGAUGGUCAUCUCCGAGCAAUAGCCGUGAGAGACGAUCACCUCUGAGGAGAAAUGACGAGAGACGAUCGCCACCAAGGAGGAAUCGGCAAAAGAGGGCAAGCAGUGCAGAAAACCUGGCUAAGAAACUCCUGGGAGCAACAGCUGCGCAGUCUUUGGCGAACCCUUCUGACCUGGAGGCCGUGGUUAAAUCUCUGGCUCCUGCCUUACUGGCCGAGCUAGCCAAGCUGAAGUCUACAAAUGCAUCUUCUUCCUCCUCCACCUCUGCAACAGCAGGAAAGCCUAGGACUAAAAAGCCCUCUAAGGAUGCUGAAAUUCUACCUGGAAACGUUGUGAGGCUAAAAUGUGUUCCUAGAUCCCUAUCUUACACAGAUAUCAAGCUUGCUGUGGAGCACUUUGGAAAAACAGAGUCAAUUGUAAUGUUUCGAUCCACAUGUGAGGCAGUGGUGCGUUUCGAGAAAGCAGCAGACGCUCCGAAAUUAAGGACCCUUAAGGACUUUGUGGUGAAAGGAAAUUUGAUCGAAAUUGGCACUGAAAAGGAGCAAAGGACGCCUCAUCAGAAAAAUCCUGCCACGUCCAAGUCCUCCACACGUCAAACUACAGCUAACACCAAGCCUCUUCAGAAAGACCUUAAAAAACCUUCUGGAGCUGCAACAGGCAAGCCUACCAAUCAGCAAAGUGCAGCUAAAGGCCUAACGGGUGCCACUAAAACCAAAGUCUUGGUUUCCAAAGCGAAAAACGUCUCUACCAAGCAGAUAUCUAAAACGGGAAAGGUUCCUGCGAAGGGAGCUGUGAAAAAGACCGUGGUGAAAAAAAAACCUUCCACUGCUCCAGAAAAACAGCCCGAUGUCGAAAAACCAUCUGAAACCACAGUUCAAGAAGCUGUGCCGAAAGACUCACCUAUUAUUGUUGUUGAUGAUGUGAUCCUUAUUGAACCCCAGGAAGAACAUGACAAAGCUAAAGAUGCAGGAGAUGCUAAACCAAUGGAGGUUGAGGGAGUGGGAGUUAAAGUGGAAGAACCCAUGGAUGUUGAAAGUUGUUCCCAAGAAGAAACUACUACAGAGGCUGUUCCAGAAAACUCAGUAGACAAAUGCAGUGAGAGUGAACCAGCAGAGGAGACCCAGCCGAUGGAAAGCUCUGUCAAAGCUUCACCAGAGGUCGAGCAGAGCACCGUCACAGAGCCAGAGUCCACGGCUGAAGCAUCGGAGACCAACACCGAGGCUUCAGAUGCUCAACAGGAAACUGCAGGAAGCUCCACCGAAGCACCUGUGGAGGCACAUCUUCCAGAAGUAGAGGUGGAGACGAAAACAAUUCAGAAAGGUCCUGAGACCAAAGCGAAGAAACAAAGGGGUUCACGAGCCGAGAAUGCCUCUGAAGUAUGUCAAGAUGAAUCGCUGACUUACGGGGAACUUGUAGACCAAUACCUGUGUCCAUCGAGAAUAAGGACGCUCUUGCCGGACCUCGUGUAUGAGCCACUACAACUACUACAAUCUAUUUUUCAUAAAAAGAAUGUCCCGCACGUGCUCAUUUCCAACCUGCCGGAUUAUCGCGAGUGCAGCUACACUUUAAACGACAUCGUCCAGCAACUUAUUACAUAUACAGUUGGCAGCUCUGAAAGAUUAAUCUAUGCCUUUCCUCAGUCGCGUUUGGCAUUCGUCUGUCUGCCAUCAUGUAAGCAAGUGCUGGAGCUAGUGGAAGCCUCUCAGAAGAAAGCGUUAAAGUUACAUGGUUGUGACCUUACUUGCAACGGCAUCAAGCCCCCAUUUGUAAUGAGACCGCUUGGGUUUUAUAACUGGCUGAUGAAGCUGAUCGGUGAGAGCGCGGAUCGUGAUGGAGAGAAAAUAGUCCUCAUCAACAACAUUUCGCGGACAGAUUCCCAGAAGUUGAGAGAAACUUUGAAAGAAGUUGGUAUUCAUUCGGUCAGGAACUUCCUCCCUCUCCUCGAAAAGGUAUUUAUAGAAUUCGAUCUCAAAGAUGAUGUUAAUCGACUCGGAGCUUGGUACAGUCAGAACGGAGACCCCUGCCACGAAAUCCACAGACUAAAAAAGUGUUUCAAAAAAAUGCUUCCACUAAGAGGAAACACACCGCAAGAAGAACCUGGAAGUUUUUUUCUCACUCUGAAGAGUCUCCCCUUCAUGUUUCCUACCACGACUCCUACCUUUGUCAUUCCUGAUUACCUGACGGUCAGAGGACAGGACGACAUUGAGAAGGCCAGUGGUAGUGGCUCCAUGUUUCCCACCAUCAUGUUGACCGGUCUACCAGACGGAUUCUACAAAUACGAGGACGUGGCAAGGGUGUUCCUGAGCUAUUUCCCCGAACAGGACCUGGACUCCCUGUACUACAACGUGCUGAUCUUACCGCUGCAGAAGAGGGCCUUUGUGUUAUUCGCUGACUGGACGAUGUGCUGCAAAUUUGCUCGAAGUCACAUCUCAAAACCAGUCAUGUUCGGAUGCCACACAAUCAACAUUCACUUCGUCUUGGAACCAAUACUUCCUGCAUCCAGUGAGGAAAUGAUGUACACGACUAUGAUGAAGUUAAGCGACGGUAGAGUUCCAGAGCCAGAGUUUCUGCAGGAGCGCUUGUUGCGUGUGCAGUUUCUCGAUUGUCAACGAGUCGUCAUCACCGCGGUUUUGGAACUCGUUGUCUCCGCUGCGCCAUAUGUCAACUUCCUGACGCUGGCCAACAGGAUGUACAUUGAGAUGGCCGACUCCAGUGGUGUUACUAAAGUGUUAGAGGAGCUCCAAGCUAUCCCGCCAGUCGCACAUUAUUGGGAUAAAGUUCAAAGUAUUGAAUCACUGGACCCCCUAAAACAGGUUCUGCAGUUUACAAAUGAGGCCAGAAAAAACUUGACCCGCUCUACUGAUGCAAAAGGGAAAUCCCACUCUUCUCUUCCUGAACUUUUCGAUAAUGGGUCACAAGCCGCUCUGCAAGUCCUCGAAGGAUCCAGCGAGGAACAAAUGAAGGAGGACAGCGAGAAACCAGGAAGUGACAUCAACACAGACUCUGUGGUUCUUUCAGAGUCUAAAGAAGAUGGAGUGAAGGCAGAGGAGGCUGCUCUCAGUCCGGCCUCCUCAGAAACCAAGCGGAGCGCAGAUCUUCCUCCGAUCAACACGGAUGUUUUCCAGGUUCUCACGGCAGCCGUCCGUAACCACCGACUCAGCCGGGCCCGCUGCUCCCAGAGCGAGGAGAAGAAGAGCCACAGCAAAAGCAGAGGAACUUCUGGACAUGAAUCGGAUGGCAAAGCACCACGGAGAGGGGAUGAUUUAACCAGUGACAUUCCUGCGUCAGACUACGAUGGUUUUGAUGAGGAUAAUUUGGACAUGGAUGAGUUUGUGACGGUGGAUGAAGUCCGCGACGAUGAGACUCCAUCUUCCAGUCACCGAACUCACGGCUCCUCCUCCUCCUCCUCCAGGACGUCUUCGAGAGCGAGGAGAGAGAGGCACAGCUCCGCCGACAGACACUCUUCAUCGCGGUAUUCAAAAGAUGGCAAAAGAUCUGCCAUUUCCUCCUCUUCGUCAUCCAGGUCGACGAGAGGCCCAAGCUCUUAUCGCUCAGAGUCACCGAAAAAGUCAAAGAAAUCCUCAUCAGAGCCCACUAAAUCUCCCACUAAAUCCUCCGCCAGUUCCAGUAAGACCUCCCCUUCUUCCCCUAUUCAGAAAACACAACGGAGCAAAACUAAGUCUCCAUCCAAAGCAUCAGAAACCGCGUCCUCUGGCUCCCGUUCAUCUGCAGCAACUGUCGAGGCUUCAAAGGAGACUCAUUCAGAGAGAGAGUUGGUGAAAGACAAUCAGAGCGCAGUGGCAACGUCCGACCACAAGGUUUCAGCAGAGGACGUUCCUGCAAAAACUGUUGAGUCAGAAAUGGAAACAUCAUCAGAGAUGCGUCCACCUCUGCGGGAACAAGGGUUAGAGUCAAGCGCAGAGGUUGAGGAGGAUAAGAAAAGCAAGGAGGGAGAGAAAUACCAAAUCCUGGAUGAAACUGAUGAACCGAUGGAUUGUGGGGAACAAGAUGGUGUAUCUGAAGCCAAACCGACUGACCCCGAGGGAGAGAAGGAGCAGAGCUUUCAGGUUCUGGACACAUUUGGAGAUGAAGGCAAAGCCCGCGCACAGGAAAUGGAAGUGACCGAAGACCAAACGGCUACAGGUGAACAGGAAAGCUCCACCGUAGAGAAACUGUGCGAGGAUGACAAAUCUGACAAAUCUAUUAAAGAUCAAGAAGCUAAUAAUGUAAAUACAGGAAGUGAAGAAGCUUCUGUGCAAAUGGGAGAAGAGAUGAAAAGCAAAGAAGUCAACACCCUUCCUGACAAAGAUCUUGAAAGCAGAGAUGCUGGAUUAGAAACCUUUGAGAUUUUAGACUCGAUAGGCGAUCAGACGGCGACAGAAGACCUGGAAACCCCCGGUGGUCAGAUGCCUAAAGAAGAAAUGGAGUCCGUGGAGGAGGAGGAAGCGACGUAUCGGGUGAUUGAUUCUGUUGAAGAUCAGCCGACGGACAACACGGGGAGAAGAAACGGGAGAGGGGAGGCGAGGAAAGACGAUAAAGCAUCGACGAAGAGCGUUCCCUCAACCAGAGCGUCCAGAAGUGAAGCUUCGGAAAAAGACAAAGACGCCACCGCGGAGGACGUUGUGUAUGAGAUAAUCGAUUCGGUUGAAGACAAACCAGUUCACGAUGUCGCCGCCGGCACAGAACAAUCUGGUAGAAGACGGAGUGCAAGAGGAAAGAAGGAGACGGAAGUGUCUGAGGAGGCUACGUACGAGAUCAUAGACUCCGUGGAGGAUGCCGGCGAUGAACCGACUGCAACGCGAUCUACCAGAGGAACGAGAGGAAGAUCGGCUAAGAGAGACACGCCAGCACGGAGGAGGAACACUAGCACACCACCGAAGAAGAGUGACGUGGCUGUAGGAGAGGAUGCUACCUUAGUAGAAGUGAAGGACGAGGUUGCUAAGGACGAGGUUGCUAAGGACGAGGUUGCUAAGGACGAGGUUGCUAAGGACGAACCGCCCGCUAAAAAACCAAAAGGAAAACGAGGAAGACCAAAGAAAAUGACUAAAAAAGAGACGGCAGCGAUGAAGAAAGCCGAGAAAGAGGCAGCUGCUCAAGAAACAACAACGGCGUACCAGAUCCUCGAUUCUGUGGAGGACGAGACGAUGGACGAGACGUGUAAAAGCAACGAGAAACAAACGGAGGAAAGAGCAUCCAUCGCUCCUAAGAAGAAGGAGGAGGAGGAGGAGCCUAUGUAUCAGAUCGUGGAUUCUCUGGAAGAGACGUCUGAAAAGGUGGAGGAGAAUCCAACCACUGAAUCCCAGAGUGAUGCCGCUACAUUUGAAAAGACUAACGAAGAAGACCCCCCGGAGAAAGACAUAACGGGUCUGGACGAGGUGAGCGAUGAGGAGGAGGAUUACCCCGACGACCACGCCGAGGAGGAAGAGCUGAGGAGGCGACAUGUGGCCGCCAAAGAGAGGCAGAUCUCAAAGGAGAGGGAGGAGAGGAGGAGCAAGGAGAGGAGGAGCAAGGAGAGAGAGGAGAGGAGGAGCAAGGAGAGGAGGAGAGAGGAGAGAGAGAGGAGGAGCCAUAGCAACAACAGCAGCAGCAGAGGAGGAGGAAGAGCGAGGAGGACGAAGGAGGAGGAGGAGGAGGAAGAGCUGGUGACUCUGGAUGAGGUGGGAGCAGAUGAGGUGGGCGAGGGAGAGCUGCAGGCACUCGUCACUCUGGAUGAGUUCGUAGAGGAGGUGGAGCUAAACACGCCAGAGACCCGCCCACUGAGCCAGGAGGACCAAUCAGAAGACUUCUUAAACCCAGAGACGUUGGUGACUUUAGACGAAGCAGUCGACAACGAUGAUGAGGAGAAGCAGGAGGAAGAGGAAGAUGCCUCCAUACCUGCCAAACGCAAACAUGAUGACGACCCAGAGGAAAGUGCAAACUUCGUGACGGUAGAUGAGGUGGGAGAGGGCGAGGAGGAGGCGAUUAAAACCAAGACAAGAACACCGGCCAAGAAGAGAGCCAGACAAACCCCCGCGAGAAAAUCCACCAGAGGGAGAAACGUAACCGCAGAAGACGAUGAAGCAGAAGAAGCGGAGUCAGAUGUCCCGCCUCCUGCUCCCCUCGAUGUCUCCUCAUUGGACAGAGACGCUGAGCUGUCAUGUGACCUCCAGCAGACAGAGGAGGAGGAGGAGGGGGGGGAAGCUGCGAUUGUCCCCCACAUCGAGGCUGCUUCUUUUCCUGGGCAGGAUCUGACCGAGGAGCCCCCUGAGGACCAGAGUCUUGAGGAGUGUGUGGAGGAGGAAGAGCAAAGCAAACCGGACUUUAAAGCUGUGAGUAAACUGAGGAAGGAGCCCGUCGGUCCGGAAGCAAAAAGAUCCCGCUCUCAGUCUCCCUCCGUCUCUAUCCACGUCAAACUGCCUUCAUUCAAACCCAACAACCCCCUCGGUCAGGAGUUUGUCGUCCCUAAAUCUGGAUAUUUCUGUAACCUGUGCUCGAUGUUCUACCUGAACGAGAGUACGGCCCGGGACCGACACUGCGGCAGCCAGAGACACUACGACAACCUGCAGAAACAUUACGAGAAGCUGCAGCAGAAACCUUCCGAUUCCUCGCAGAGUUUCCAAGGAUCUGUUUCCGAUUGAUCCCGGCGACUUCUAACUAUUUCUUUUUUUGCAAAAUCAUGUCAAGCUGGACCUGUGUGUGUGUGUGUGUGUGUGUGUGUAGCUUCACACACACCUGCAGAGGAAUCGAUGUGUAUAUUAUCUACCAUAAAAACUCAGUACAUAUUUGAGCAUGUAUUCAAACUCUACAGGUUCGGUGCCUUGCACAAAAAAAUUAAUAAUAAAUACGAUUUUUUUUUUUUACAUAACGUACGAUUAAUUUACUUUUUGAUUUGCGCUAAAUAUGUUGAACGGUCUGUGUGUGUGUGUGUAACCUGUUUCUGUUGGAGCUUCAUCUCUUGUUUUUUUAAAUUGUGUAUCAUAUGAAGCCUAGAAUUGAAAUUAAUUCCCAUCAGUUAUAUCUCUUUAUUGAGUAAAGCACCAGACUGCCUUUUUUUUUUUUAACUUCGACGAACAUUAGCGACGUUAUAAAUAAUGUGAUUUAUUCUUUUGUUACUCUGUGAAAACGUGUCGACAGUUUCUUAUUGUUUUUUGUUUCGGAUGUCAUUUUCUUUUGCUUGUAAAAGUUAAUACAAAUCAUAAAGAAGUCCCUUUCUUAGUAUAUGUAUCUGAAACUAUCUCCCAGUUUCUGCUAAUGAUAUUAAAAUGUGUUCACCUGAAGCUG